UGUCCUUCCUUUCUCUACAGGCGAUGGACAGCUCAGUCGUAAGUCGUUUCUUUGUGUCGCAAAUUAAAAAUACAACACCGCGCAUGCGCAUGGGUACACGUUGCUAUGGUUACCCAGACAGUUUCAGCCUCGGGAUGUCAUCUAAAAAGGUCCAGAAACAGUCCAAGGCGAAGAAGGGGAAGAAGCAGGCGGAGGAGGAGAGGAGGCUGCGAGAAGAAGAAGAAGCCCAGCUGCAGGCAGAGAGAGAGGAACAGGAAAGGUUGGAGCGAGAGAGAAAGGAAGAGGAGCUGGAAAGACUAGAAUUAAAGGACAGAGAGCGCAGAGAGUUGGAGCUGGAUGAAUUGCGCCAUCUACUGGAGCAGAAUCAUUCUGCAGUAACUAAAUGGAAAGCUGAUGCUGCAGAGAAAGCCAAGUGGAAGCGGUGCAUGCGCUGUGAUGAUGCCCCUGACCCAGCAGUGCAGCAUGAUAUUAACACCUAUAUAGACUUAUGGAGAGAUGACCCAGAGGUCAACAUCACGCCUGUGCUCAAGCAAUGUAACCUCGCUCUACAGCAGCUCGAGGAGCUGGAGGGUCUCCUCAGAGACGCUACAGAUCCACAAAAGAGUCAGAGAUACCAGGGGGCUAUCAUCAGUCUCCAGGAGUUAAUCCACUCCAAACUUCUCCUCACCACUGAGGACAUCCUCAAGAGGGCCAGUGAGAACGCUGACACUGAAACAGGCAAUAUGCAGACUGUGGUGAAAGGUGACAACACUACGCUGUGUGUGUGGGCCAACCUCAAGAGAAAUCAGAGGUUUAAAGGAUUCAACUUUGAAGAGGUCGGCCUCGGCUUUAAGCUUCCCAAACAGUUGACUCUGAGCGAUAUCGCUGUGCGGAUUCUCCACACACACUACGACCACCUGUCCUUUAUUGCAAGGAUGGCUCACCUGAAAAUACACACACCAAGCCACAGAUCUCUUGUAGGGGUUGACGAGGCCCCAGCAGACACCAAUCUACCUGAGCAGGUGGAGACAAAAGGUGACGGGGAGGCGAAGGAUGACAGCAAGACACAACAGCAAACAGCAGAUGAGGAGGAGCAGUCCAUCGAAGAGUUAGAAAGGAAGAAGGGUGCAGCGAGUCAGCAGUCGAGGAAAAACAGUUGCCAGUCAGCAGAAGGCCGGGGGAGUCAGACAGAGACACAGAUGGAGGUGCUCUGUGCUGAGGGAGAAUUUAGCUCUCCCUCUGUGCAGCCCACUCUGAUGGACAGCAGCGCACGUGUCCAAGUGGUGGACUUGAUGGAGUACACGCCUCUGGGUGGGGUCUUCUACUAUGAUGUGUUCUGCAUCCCACAACAAGCCUAUCAUGCCAAUGGAUGGAAAAUUAGAGAGGAGCUGCACACAGGGCUGCAAGUGUUUCCGUACCAAACAGAGAUGUCCAUCUUGGAUGACAACGAGGCCCUGGCCUGCCCCCCUGUGGAAGUGUCUGUGAAGGUGCCAGACUGCGUUGCAUUCUUGGAAACUCCGCAAGUGGCUCGCUGGCACGCUUCAGGUAAGCAGUGGAGGAUGGACGGUAUCUCUGAUGUGUCUUACGAGGAGGAGGAGGCGAAGAUCUCCUUCAAAAUGGACUCCUUCCAAGCAUUUGUGCUGAUGCAGGAAACCUACAUCAACCUCCCCUUCCAGAGCUGGGAACUCAGGCCACUGGGAGAAGACACUGCUGUUUUCACUGUCAACGGAGCAGUCAUCGAUAUAAGCAUCACCAUCCAGGGGGACCAGUGUAUGUUGCAGUCAGAGGUCAAAGGCCUCUCUCACCUCCAAGGAAAGUGGAUGAGUAGCCCCGCCCUGCAGAGAGCCAUGCUCAACGCAGGGAUCAACAUCUUCGUGAAUGAACACACCGACAAAUACGUCAGCAGCUGUGGCAAGGACCCACUCACUGAACAUGCUGCCUACGAGCAGAUGGCCCUCCUCGCCCCUGCCUGCGCCUUCUCAUGGAGCAAGUGGAACGCCAAAUGUGGAGCCGAGCAUCUGGUCAUGCAGGCUUGCGAGCACCGUGGCACCGCCCCUGUGCCCAAGGACUCAUGGCGUUUCUACCUGCUGGGCGCUCAGAGGAGUCAGAAGCUGAAAAUUGCAGAGCAGAGCGAAGCUUUCUCUCCGGACCACGAUCCCCACUGUGACUUUCACUCCACCUUCAUCCACAUGCUCCAGGACGACAUGAGCACCGACGGCAUCGCCAGGACCAGAGAGUCCAGUUAUAUGUUCAUCGAUACGGUGCAGAAUCUCCUGUGUGCCACCAGACCCUUGAUGUAUUCUUAAACCUGUGUCAGAUUAACUCAGUUUUAAAUGAUUACACACAUUUUGACACAUGAAG